CGACGUUCCUAUCCUGUCCAAAUACCUGGACUGGAUAUCCGUGAUGACGUACGACUUCCAUGGUCAAUGGGACAAAAAGACUGGCCACGUAGCACCGCUGUAUUCUUUACCGAAUGACUGGAAACCGACAUUUAAUGCCAACUUUUCGAUCCAUUAUUGGAUAGAGAAAGGUGCAAAUCCGAAAAAGUUGAUCAUGGGCACCCCAUUGUACGGCCGAUCAUUUUCACUUGCGGCGAGUAGCGUACACGGAUUAAACGCGCCAACCUAUGGCGGCGGCGAAGCUGGAGAGGCGACCAAUGCAACAGGCUUCUUGUCAUAUUACGAGAUAUGUGAAAGAACGUUGAAGAAGGGAUGGACAGUCGUUCAGGAUAAAGACAGAAGAAUCGGCCCUUAUGCCUACAAAGAUGAUCAGUGGGUGAGCUUCGACGACGCUCAACAAAUUAAACUGAAGGCAGAACUGAUCAAGAAACUUGGUCUUGGCGGUGGUAGUGUUUGGGCCUUAGAUCUGGACGACUUCAACAACAGAUGCGGCUGCGAGCCUAAUCCGCUAUUGAGAACAAUGAAUCGAGUUUUAAGGAAUUAUCCGAAGGGCCCGCUGUGUCCCAUUACAGAAGGUACAGGAGCGGUUACAACGUGGACCGUCAAGCCCACACAAGCGAUACAGACGACUACGACAGUGGAUCGCGACAGUUCCGGCGAGUUUAAAGUCAUCUGCUAUUUCACUAACUGGGCCUGGUAUCGGCAAGAGGGUGGCAGAUUUGUAUUUGAUAUAGACUCCGAUCUCUGUACCCAUGUGCUUUACGGAUUCUCCGUGCUAGACGGUAGUAGCUUAACGAUGAAAUCCGACGAUCCCAGGUUCGAUAUAGACAACAAGUUUUAUGAAAGGGUGGCGGCGUUCAAGGCAAAGGGUCUGAAAGUGCUGAUGGCACUGGGAGGCUGGAACGAUUCGGCCGGCGACAAAUACAGUAGACUGGUAAACUCGCCGUCGGCUAGGCGAAGAUUUAUCACGCAAGUUCUUGACUUCAUCAAGAAGUAUGGUUUCGAGGGUCUCGAUCUCGAUUGGAAAUAUCCGGUAUGCUGGCAAGCGGACUGCAACAAGGGCCCGGAGUCUGACAAGCAAAGCUUCGCUGAGCUGGUUAAGGAACUGAGUAACAAGUUUAAGCCUCGAAAAUUACUUCUCUCUGCGGCAGUAUCGCCAAGCAAGAGAGUGAUCGACGUGGGAUACGACGUUCCUAUCCUGUCCAAAUACCUGGACUGGAUAUCCGUGAUGACGUACGACUUCCAUGGUCAAUGGGACAAAAAGACUGGCCACGUAGCACCGCUGUAUUCUUUACCGAAUGACUGGAAACCGACAUUUAAUGCCUUCUUUGUUACUAGAACUUUUCGAUCCAUUAUUGGAUAGAGAAAGGUGCAAAUCCGAAAAAGUUGAUCAUGGGCACCCCAUUGUACGGCCGAUCAUUUUCACUUGCGGCGAGUAGCGUACACGGAUUAAACGCGCC